CAAGACCUCAAGGAUGGCAAAUACAUUUGUGCUUUCUGAUUUGGAUCUUUCGGACCUAGAUCUAGACGCUAAUUACAGUGACUACUACGGCACUUUCAACCCUAACAGCGUAGCAGCAAAAGCACCCUGCGGAAUCGAUGUUAUGCCACCUGUGUUCAAAUACCUAGUGGCAUUCAUCUAUGGCCUGACAUGCCUUCUGAGCCUGGUGGGGAACUCCCUGGUGGUUCUGGUGAUUGCCUAUAGCAAAGGAAACCGUUCUGCCACAGAUGUUUAUCUUCUGAACCUUGCCAUUGCUGAUCUCCUCUUUGCCCUCACCUUGCCUUUCUGGGCUGUAGAUAGAGCGCAUGAAUGGAUCUUUGGCACUCCCAUGUGCAAAAUCCUAUCACUCCUGAAGGAAGUCAACUUCUACAGUGGCAUCCUCCUGCUGGCCAGUAUCAGCAUGGAUCGCUACCUGGCAAUAGUUCACGCAACUCGGGCAGUCACUCAGAAGAGGAGCUGGGUCAGAUUUGUUUGCGUUGGCAUCUGGCUGCUCUCCCUCAUCCUCUCCCUUCCUGUAAUUAUCUUCCAUGAGGCUUUCUUGCCAACUGAGAAGAUGAAAUGGGUUUGUUAUGAAAAUAUUGGAUGGAAUCAAACAUCUGAGAUUAGGGUGAAACUGAGAAUCCUGCCACAAACGUUUGGCUUCAUUCUUCCCUUGAUCAUCAUGCUCUUCUGCUAUGGUGUGACGGUACACAGACUCUACCAGACCAAGAACAGUCAAAAAAAGAAGGCCAUGAAAGUCAUCUUGGCUGUGGUGCUGGUCUUCCUGGUCUGUUGGCUGCCCUACAAUAUCUCUCUGCUUGCUGAUACCUUGAUGAGGAUGGCAGCUAUUGCUGAAAGCUGCAGCCGCCACCGCAGCAUCAAUGCAGCCCUUUCGGGUACUGAAAUCCUGGGAUUUGCUCACAGCUGCAUAAACCCCAUCAUAUAUGCCUUCAUAGGACAGAAGUUCCGGAACAACUUCCUCAAGAUCCUGGUCACAAGAGGCAUCAUCAGCAAAGAUGCCUUGACUCGAUUUAGAAAGGGUUCCUCCUUCUCAUCCACCUCUGGCAUCACCUCUACAACUCUGUAAUAGGCUGGGGGGAAGAAAAAAAGGGAGAAACAGACCACUCAAGACAGAGUAUGUCCAGCCACUGUUACAAUGAAGGUCUUUGUAGACUUCAAGAAUCAGGUCCAAAAGGUGAUACCACUGAAAUGCUAAAAAAACCCAACCACUAUUUUUGCCAAUAUUAGUGGAGAUUCAGCAGUGCCAAUAUAGAGUUCCUUAUAAACAAUGUCCAAAC